AUGCCAGAGAAACUGCUUUCAGACUCGCAGCAGGUCCCAUACCAGGCUUACAAGUCGAAGAGACACUCCAGAAACCUUUCGAAUCCCACCCAUGUGCUGAAUGGCUUUGCGAGCAACGGCGUUGCGCUUGCAGUUCCACGACCACGGCCGUCAAGCUUCAUGGGGACGCCUUCGAGCUUCGGGUCGGCGGAAUUUGGCACGGAGGACAAAGUAGAGAUUGCAGUCAUUGAACCAAAGGACGAUGCUCUGGAGCUGCCUGAACCGACGAACGGCACUGCGACCCCGCCAGUCAAGGACAACGAAGUACCGCCUAUCUCUCCGACGGGACCCCUGCCAUUAGCUUUGAACGUGGAUAGAAGCAAGGGAAUAGUAGUAGAGACGACGCUGAAGGAACAAGGGAUGCCGCCGACUGACGAUACGACGCCUCCAACCUCACCGCUUCCCAUCCCGCAGACGCCGACAUCGACGCCAUCGUCUCUGGCUUCGUCUCCUUCGAACGAGUCCUCCACUGCGAGCUCAUCGACCCCUACAAAGUCGCCCCAGCCCCCGGGCAAGCGGAUAUCCACGUUUCGGCGUGUCCCUCUUCGUCCGUCUCGAGCACCUUUACCUUCGUCCCCUUUGCGCCCAGCCGGGGCCUUGCCUUCGGCGGGCCGAGUCCUAUCGUCCUCGUCGUCCCGAACGGCCGUCGAUCAUGGUGCACCCUCAGCAGAACCCCGCAGUCGCGUCACUUCGCCUACCCCAGGCCCGCCCAUCCCUGCCAAAGACGAAGUCGCCCCAUCUCUGUCACAAGCGGCCUCGACGCCAAGUUCGAGUUCACAUCCCGUCGGGCCCAACCUUCAUGUGCAAACCAACAUCGCCCGACCCGCCUCCGAUGCUACAGCACCUAUAGUCCCGCCCACGAGAGGAUCGUCUCUCAACCAGACUUCUUCAACACCUCCGCCUCCGCCUCCGCCUCCAGCACAACUCCAAUCUCGUCCGUCUUCCUCCUCAACGCCCAUUUCCUCCGCCCCGACAUCGCCGCGCCCGGUCAUGUCCUCGCUGCCUUCGCGUAUCCAAGCCCCCUACCGACCGGGAUUCCAGCCUAAAGGCGUGUAUCGACCGCGGACGGAUGAAUUCUUCGACGCACGUCGCGAAGCACACAACAGCGGCUCGCUUCGUAUUGAGAGAACCAAGUUAGAGCGUCGUCUGGAGAAGUUGAUUGCGUUGCAUUUUCCUGAGAAGGAGGAACAGCACGCUCUGCAGAGACCUUCCGCGGGCAAUCAUAGACGGUCCUCAUUCUUUGACUUGGAUCUAUCAGAUUUGAAGAGUAUGGACCCUAGUGGGUUGUGGAAAAACAUGAUGAUGCAAGGGACGAGUAGUAUCGGAGGCAAGGGUGAUAUCAGAGCCGCUGAGCAACGGAUCACUCCUUGGGAAGAUGAUUCCGCUGUGAACAAGUGCCCUCUAUGCAGAGCUUCCUUCCACCCUUUAACGAACAGAAAACACCACUGUCGACUGUGCGGACAGAUCGUGUGCGCUCUGCCCGUGAAGAACCCCCAGCGGCCCGUGACCUGCUCCCUCCUCUUCGUCGUAGACAAGAACACGCGGAUGAUAGAGGAGGUCAGCGAGGGCGUCGAUUACGGGGUACGGAAGAGGCGCACUUCGACGGUUGAUGCGAAAGGGAGUAAAGGUGGUAGUUUGCAGGAUGAAGAGGAGAAGUUCCUGAAGGGCGUGAGGAUGUGUCGGACGUGUAGGCCUAUAUUGACGAGACAGCAGUAUCAACAAGAAUCGACGCAUGUGCCUGCUUUUGUUCGCCUCUACGAUAUGUUCAUAACCCUGGAGAAAGAGAUAGAAGCCUCGCUACCCCAAUUUGAAGAGCUCUUGCUUAGUCUCACCACGGACGAUCACCCCACGAAAGAGGCUAUGGCAGCGCGGAAACGACUGCUCGAGGCAUUCGCACAGUACGAUGCGCUGUCGAAGCGGAUACGAAACCUGCCAUGUCCGUCAGGCCCAGGUAGCUCACAGGACCGUGUUCAGAUGGCUGUGAUGACUCGCGCGAAUCUAUUCCUGCAGAAACAUAUGUUCCCGCUGCAGACGAUACCCAAGAAGUCCAAACCCUCAUCAUCUACACCAACACCGACGCGAGAGAACGGCGCCGCAAUCGAUCCUGAUUCGAAGCUCGCGCUGGCUCUCCAACCACUACUUGAGCAAGAGGCCCUGCUCGAAUCCUUCAUUGAAGAGGCGAACGCCCACCGCAAAUUCGAAGAUGUGAAGACAUUGCAGGCGAACUUGAAGGAGAUUAGAACAGAGAUCGACAGGAUAGUUGCUAAUUCUGGAGACCACCCUCGUUGA